AUGCGCUCCGCAGGCUUCUUUCUUUCAAGCCUUCUCCUCUUUAGUCCAGUAUUAGGACAAAGAGACCCUCAAUACUCCGGGCCGUCCUUAGAGCCAGUGCAUUACUAUUUCGAUGAGUGGCCCACAGGAAUUGCAGUAUCAUCGAAAGGGCGGUUAUUUUCAAAUUAUCCACUCGGUCUUGACCCGACAAAUACGAAGUACCAGGUCGCAGAACUGACGGGGAACACCACUGAAGUUCCGUAUCCAUCGGCUGAGUUCAACACCCCGCCAGGAGGUGCUAUCAACUAUACCACCACUCCUCCGACUUCUGCAGGAUACCCAGACCACCUGAUCUCUGUGCAAAGCGUGGUGAUCGAUCCCAAAGAUCGACUAUGGAUCCUUGAUACGGGUCGAGUAGCUCUGCCAGACGGGUCAAUCCUGUAUUCUUCCUACGGUGGCCCUAAACUAGUCGGAGUCAACCUCUCCAAUAACAGUAUCUUCCAGACGAUCCUGUUUCCGCGGGACGUUGCGUACCCGGAGUCAUACCCCAACGAUGUUCGUUUUGAUCUACGCCCCAAUAUCACGUCUUCGGGUCAGGGAAUCGCCUACAUCACGGACUCGAGCUUUGAAGGCCGCAAUGGCAUCAUUGUCGUCGACUUGGGUACCGGUGAGUCCUGGCGCCAUCUAGAGAAUCUUCCAGCCGUGCGCCAGGAGCCCGGCUUCUUCUUCACCGUCUGGGGAGAACCUGUCUACAACAACGUGGGAGACGGACAGCCUAUCACUCCCUUCGGCUUGGGUAGUGAUGGCAUAACUCUCUCUGCGGAUGGGGAAACCCUCUACUUCAGCGACGUUGGUGGACGAUAUCUAUACUCUGUUCCCACUGCCAGGCUUCGCGCACACAAAUCACCCACGGCGCAGCUCCUCGCUGACGGGGCCGUCAGCCAAAUCACACAGAAGGGAGUCAGCGAUGGUUUGGAGUCGGACACUAACGGCUAUGUCUACGCGGGCAGUUUCGAGACCAACUCCAUCUACGUCUAUUUCCCCCAGAACGGUACAGUGUCGACCUUCGUAAGAGACCCCCGUCUUCAAUGGACGGAUACCUUCAGUGUAGCUGGGAAGUCAGGCAAGGGAUAUCUCUAUUUCACUGAAAACCAGCUCUGGAGACGACCGGCGAACCAGGGAGGCAUUGACAGGAGGGUGAAGCCGUUUGCGCUGUAUCGUGUGCCUCUCCCGGAUAAUGGAGGAAAGAUUCUGUUAAAGUAG